UCUAUAAACUCACUGCUUCUAGCAGUCUGCCGCUUGCCACCAAUACCUACUAACAAUACAUAUUACUAUGUAUUGUUGCCACCCAUAGUCGACGGUGCUGUGCUCUAAAACUGACGUGACGCCGUGCUCUCACGGAAGUGAUUCUUUCACGUGUAGCACGGUAAGGGAUAAGAGCGAAAAAAAAUCUUUCUUCAAUGCUGUUUUUAUAGGAGUUCCUGGAAACUUUUAAAACUUUGGCGUUUCUCGAUAGCUUUUGGGGUUUACUGAAAAUCGGCUAUUUCCUGCUGAACACAUAUUAGUAAAUUCAAAGAAUUUCAAUUUUUCUGAAACAGUACCAAAGAAAAUGCAUAACAUGUUACGGCGAGCGCCAACUGGCGCACGCUGCUUGAAAUACGAGUACUUUGUGGGAUGACGUGUAAGUAGCCAGAGUGGUGUUGGUGACUUGGUGUGGGUGAAGUGGGCAGAAGUGACAUUGAUGAGUUUGUGAUAGUCAUGCGCCGUAUUUGUGUUACUCAUGUUGUAAAUGGUGUUUUGUAAUUUUGACGUGAUUUGUACUCAUCAAGACUGUUAAGUGUAAUAGGAAUCAUCCACGAUGGUGCUGUUGACGAUGAUCGCAAGGAUAGCAGAUGGGCUACCUUUGGCAGCAACUAUGCAAGAAGAUGAACAGUCAGGAAAAAGUAUUCUUGAGUAUCAAAAUCAAGCCAAACUUUUAUUUCGGAAAUUAAACAACCAGAGUCCCACAAGAUGUAGUAUAGAAACUGGACCUUACUUAUUUCAUUAUCUGAUUGAAAAUGAAGUGUGCUACCUAGUUUUAGCAGAACGUAAUUAUUCCAAACGAUUGGCUUUCUCUUAUUUGGAAGACCUUGCUCAAGAGUUUCAUUCUCAGUAUGGAAAAAGAGUUGGAACAGUUUCUAGGCCAUACAGUUUUAUUGAAUUUGAUACAUACAUUCAAAAAGCCAAGAAAGUAUUUACAGAUUCAAGGACUAGGAGGAAUUUAUCUGCACUGAACACAGAACUUCAAGAUGUUCAAAGAAUUAUGGUGCAGAACAUAGAUGAUGUUCUACAAAGAGGUGCUGUUCUCUCUGAAUUAGACAACAAGGCUCUAAAUUUAUCAAUGCACUCCCAGAAGUACAAAAAAGAUGCAGCGUAUUUGAAUGCAAAAUCAAUGUAUGUGAAGGCAGCUGCAGGGUGCAUUGUUGUAUUAGUCUUCCUCCUAUACUUCUGGGUUCUCUGAGAUAGAACUCGACCCAUAGACUUCUCAAGACUGCCCUGAAGAUAUUGUAUAUCAUUUCCCAUUUCACAUGUUGUGUAUUCUUUUGCUGAUAUUUUCCAUGUUGUGGAACUGCAUAGUGAGAACUCUCGCUAUGAGAAAGGAUUUGUGUGCAAAUUUUUUGUAAUUUGUUUGAAUGCAGUUAGAUACAAAGUUGAAUGUUUUAAUGAAAAGAGUAUUGUGUGCUUUGUGUCAUUUUCCAGUUAUAAAUGAAUGAUCACUUCGACUUGGGGGUGUUUAAAAGGAAUUUUGUAUAUCUUAUUCUGAAAGGUACUUUGAAAAUGUAAAUGCACAUGUGUUUAACUGUGUAACUGGUGAAAAUUCUCUUGGUGGUUGUUGAUCAAUACUGUUUAUUGAAUCAUAUUUUAUUUAGUCUUGCACAAGUUAAAAUGAACUGGCAGAAGGAUAUUACUAUUUUUACAAGAAUUGUAGAAGUUGAUUACAUGAAACAGUAGUUUUGAAAGCUAUUGAUGUGGUUGUUCCAAAGGUGAAAUAAUACUGCAAGGGCCCUAAUGCAUCCAUCAUUAACUAAUUGUAUCAGAGGAUCUUUCUUUGAACAUACUAAAAACAGAAAAUUGUUAAUCCUUUUGUUACCUUAAUUUUCUAUUUGUAAAAAUUUUCACUUCUGGUAAAAAGACAUUUUUUUAAGUAUCCUAUUAAAUUAUAAUAUAACAUACUUUUCAUAGCCUUUUUGUAAAAAUAGCUAUUAAGAACAGUUGUUGCCCGUAGAUGUUCAUACUUUGUAGGUACAGGUAAACUGAGCAACAGAAUUACAUUUUACUUUCAGAAUACUAGAAAGUUGAAAAUAAACUGUAUAACUUCUCAUAGGGACUGUAUCAUUUCUUCGGUGAUGUGUAUGUUUGAAAGUUUCCCAAUUAUUCUGGUUGUAAAUGGUAAAAGUCUGUGGUGCUAAUUCUCUGCAUCCCUUAACCCUUAAACAUGUGAUUCAGUCUUCAAGAAAGACAUUCUUUUCAUAGAUCCAUUGGUCAAGGGAUUUUUCUCUCUGUGCUGACUCUCAUAUGGAGAAGCAGGGCCACAGAAACGAACCUAGCUGUCUACCUGCUCCUGCUUAUGAUACACUUGUCCCCUUUCUCUCCUGUCUAGGAAUGCUACCGAACCC